AUUAAGAUUAAAAUGACUUCUCCGGUUCUCCUGCCGUCCUGCAAAGUCCGAGAGCCGAGCACUCACCUUCUCGAAGAGGCCAGUUUUGAAGAAUCAAUUCGCUUGAGCUCGAAAUUUGAAGUUCCGAGGCUCUGAACUUCCUCACCAAUUUCUGCAUAUAAAUCAAGCGACUCCAAAAUAUUUCUCUACAAAGCCGAAGCUAGAGGAACAGAAAGGGAACAUUGGGAAAAAUGUCUGUGCAAGAGUAUUUGGACAAGCACAUGCUCUCUCGCAAAAUCGAAGACGCAGUCAAUGCAGCGGUUAGGGCCAAGGCUUCCGAUCCCGUUCUCUUCAUCUCUAAUCAUAUGAGAAAAUCCAUUCCUUCGGUGAUUACCAAGAUAAAAGCGAGACAGAUCCUCGAUAGCAGAGGAAUUCCAACUGUCGAAGUGGACUUGCACUCCAACAAGGGCAUGUUUCGUGCCUCGGUUCCGAGCGGGUCUGCUACAGGAAUGUACGAGGCUGUUGAAUUACGUGAUGGAGACAAGGGAAAAUACCUUGGGAAUAGUGUGACCAGAGCUGUUAAGAAUAUCAAUGAAAAAAUAUCAGAAGCUUUGAUUGGUAUGGAUCCAACACUUCAGUCCCAAAUUGAUCAGGCUAUGAUAGAUUUGGACAAAACAGAGAAGAAGGGUGAACUUGGAGCGAAUGCUAUAUUGGCUGUAUCAAUUGCUGCAUGCAAAGCUGGAGCUGCUGAAAAAGAGGUUCCUCUCUACAAGCACAUUGCUGAUCUUUUUGGCAAAAGGAAUCUUACACUUCCUGUCCCUGCCUUCACUGUUAUAUCUGGUGGAGCGCAUGCUGGGAAUUAUCUUGCCAUUCAGGAGAUAAUGAUUCUUCCCACUGGAGCAAGCAAAUUUGAGGAAGCAUUACAAAUGGGCUCUGAAACAUAUCAUCACCUAAAGGCUGUUAUUACAGAAAAAUGUGGUGCACAUGGGUGUAAUGUUGGUGAAGAUGGUGGUUUUGCUCCGAAUAUCUCCAGCUUGAAGGAAGGUUUGGAUCUUGUGAAGGAGGCUAUUAGCAGAACAGGCUAUAACGAUAGAAUAAAGAUAGCAAUUGAUGCUGCUGCUUCUGCUUUUUGUAUAGGUACUAAGUAUGAUUUGGAUUUCAAAUCUCCAAAUAAAUCUGGGCAAAAUUUCAAGUCUGGAGAGGAUAUGAUUGAGAUGUACAAAGGACUAUGUGCUGAGUUCCCGAUUGUAUCAAUCGAAGAUCCAUUUGACAAGGAGGAUUGGGAACACGUCAAGUACUUUUCUAGUCUGGGACUUUGUCAGGUGGUAGGCAAUGACUUCUUGAUGUCAAAUCUCAAACGGAUUGAAAGAGCAAUACAUGAGUCCUCUUGCAAUGCUCUUGUUCUCAAGGUAAAUCAGAUUGGGACCAUAACUGAAGCAGUUGAAGCAGUGAAACUGGCAAAAGAUGCUCACUGGGGAGUGGUCAUGUCUCAUAGAUGUGGGGAGACUGAGGAUUCUUUCAUAGCUGAUUUGUCGGUUGGUCUUGCCACUGGUCAGAUCAAAGCUGGUGCUCCUUGCAGAGGAGAGCGGCUAGCAAAGUACAACCAGUUACUUCGAAUUGAAGAAGAGCUUGGGGAUCAAGCAGUUUAUGCUGGUGAUGAUUGGAAGCUGACAUGACACCUUCGUUAUAUCUUUGGAAUGUGCUUUUUUCCCAAAAGUUCUCUUUCAAUUUGAGGCUUCAGAAGUGCUAAAAGUGUGUGUGCAUCAAAUGUCAGAAGCUGCGUGGUGGUUCGUUUUCAACUUAGUGUCAACACUGUUUCUGCCUCUUUUGUAAAGAUCAAGAUCCAUUGAAGAAACUGUAAACGGACUCAGCAGUGAAUAUCAUUGAAUAUGCUGUGAGAAACAGAAAGUGAUAAAGCAUAUUGCAAAAUCCUUUCAUUACUUGCUGUAUGAACCUCCUGAUGUACAUGACGCCUGUGGCUGUUAUAUUCCUUGUUCCUACAGCACUUAUUGUAGAAAAGAAAUGUGGUUGGAUUGCAUUCGCAAGAGAUGAUUGGAAGUUUUUGAUGUAUUCAUCUUCAAUUCUGGUCUUGCA